AUGGAGACACUGGCCAUGCAGACUGGAUUGGAGCUUGCAUGGAUUGGAGCUUGCAGAGAAGGCAACUUGCGAUCAUCUAUUCCGAACAGUCAAGACUUCAGCAACGGAAAAGAAAAGGAGAGGGAGGCUAGAGGAUCUGAGAAGAUGAAGAAGGCGGACCAGGAGAAUUUAACUAUACAAUCUUUCAUUUUCCAAAUAAAAGAUACCCAACUGAUCGACCCUCGUGUUUUUUUCCAAACUAGUUGUGAUUCGAUCCUUGUUGAUGGUGCGGUUGUCCUGAAAGACGACGAGACCAUCAUUAGUUGUGGAAGCGAAAUAAUUCCGGGUCCUGAGGCUGAUGGUAUAUGUUUUAAAGUAAUGCCUACAAAGCAAAUUUGCAAGAAGCAAAUCAAGAUAACUCUAGAUCCCGAACACGCGAAAUGCUCCAUUUGUUUAAAUAUUUGGCAUGACGUCGUCACCAUUGCACCAUGCCUUCACAAUUUCUGCAAUGGAUGCUUCUCAGAGUGGUUGAAAAGGUGUCAAGAGAAACGUUCUACUGUUUUGUGCCCUCAGUGUAGAGCAGUUGUACAGUUUGUUGGAAGAAAUCAUUUUUUGCAUAAUAUUGAAGAGGAUAUACAGAAAUCUGAUCCUUCUCUAACGCGGUCGGAUGAAGAAAUUGAAACAUUAGAUCGCUGUUCGUCCAUCAAAUCGUGCCUUGGUAAGUGUUACCGUUUUCAUGCGUUGCUCUUGCAAAUCUUGUUUUAUUUUACAAGUUGCAUUUUCGAUAUAGUGUGGCAUAGCGUACAGAUAUAA